AUGUCAAGACAACGAAGAGAAACACUCAUGUCAAGACAACGAAGAGAAACUCUCAUGUCAAGACAACGAAGAGAAACUCUCAUGUCAAGACAACGAAGAGAAACACUCUCAUGUCAUGACAACGAAGAGAAACUCUCAUGUCAAGACAACGAAGAGAAACACUCAUGUCAAGACAACGAAGAGAAACACUCAUGUCAAGACAACGAAGAGAAACUCUCAUGUCAAGACAACGAAGAGAAACUCUCAUGUCAUGACAACGAAGAGAAACACUCAUGUCAAGACAACGAAGAGAAACACUCAUGUCAAGACAACGAAGAGAAACUCUCAUGUCAAGACAACGAAGAGAAACUCUCAUGUCAUGACAACGAAGAGAAACUCUCAUGUCAUGACAACGAAGAGAAACUCUCAUGUCAAGACAACGAAGAGAAACUCUCAUGUCAUGACAACGAAGAGAAACUCUCAUGUCAUGACAACGAAGAGAAACACUCAUGUCAAGACAACGAAGAGAAACACUCAUGUCAAGACAACGAAGAGAAACUCUCAUGUCAAGACAACGAAGAGAAACACUCAUGUCAAGACAACGAAGAGAAACACUCAUGUCAAGACAACGAAGAGAAACACUCAUGUCAAGACAACGAAGAGAAACUCUCAUGUCAAGACAACGAAGAGAAACUCUCAUGUCAUGACAACGAAGAGAAACACUCAUGUCAAGACAACGAAGAGAAACACUCAUGUCAAGACAACGAAGAGAAACUCUCAUGUCAAGACAACGAAGAGAAACUCUCAUGUCAAGACAACGAAGAGAAACACUCUCAUGUCAUGACAACGAAGAGAAACUCUCAUGUCAAGACAACGAAGAGAAACUCUCAUGUCAAGACAACGAAGAGAAACACUCUCAUGUCAAGACAACGAAGAGAAACUCUCAUGUCAAGACAACGAAGAGAAACUCUCAUGUCAAGACAACGAAGAGAAACACUCUCAUGUCAAGACAACGAAGAGAAACUCUCAUGUCAUGACAACGAAGAGAAACACUCAUGUCAAGACAACGAAGAGAAACACUCUCAUGUCAAGACAACGAAGAGAAACUCUCAUGUCAAGACAACGAAGAGAAACUCUCAUGUCAAGACAACGAAGAGAAACUCUCAUGUCAUGACAACGAAGAGAAACUCUCAUGUCAUGACAACAAAGAGAAACUCUCAUGUCAUGACAACGAAGAGAAACUCUCAUGUCAAGACAACGAAGAGAAACUCUCAUGUCAAGACAAUGAAGAGAAACUCUCAUGUCAAGACAACGAAGAGAAACUCUCAUGCCAAGACAACGAAGAGAAACUCUCAUGUCAAGACAACGAAGAGAAACUCUCAUGUCAAGACAACGAAGAGAAACACUCUCAUGUCCUGA